AUGGGUAUUCGUUUGCCAAGGAUUAUUAGUGCUAAGCAAAUUCUACGACGCAUCCUCUUAUCCCAGGAAAUCCCUGAUGUGCCUAAAGGUCAUUUUGCGGUUUAUGUUGGAGAAACUCAAAAGAAGCGAUUUACCGUCCCGAUAUCAUACUUGAAGCAUCCUUCAUUCCAGAACUUGCUAAGUCAAGCUGAAAAUGAGUUCGGAUUUUAUCAUCCUACGGGCAGUCUAAUGAUCCCUUGCAGUGAAGAAGUCUUCACAGAUAUCAUUUUCAGUUUGAUUUCCAGAUAUCCAGUGCCAAGCAUCUUCUUUUGCUAUCAAAGUCUUACGAAUUUGAUUCAAACACUUGUCGAGGGAUCCCAUAUGGGUAUUAGCUUGCCAAGGAUUGUUAAUACAAAGCAAAUUCUUCGGCGGAUGCUCUUGAUACAGGAAACUACAGAUGUGCCCAAAGGCCAUUUUGCAGUUUAUGUUGGAGAAAAUCAGAAGAGGUUUGCAGUUCCAAUAUCAUACUUGAAGCAUUCAUCAUUCCGAAGUUUGUUAAGUCAAGCCGAGGAAGAGUUUGGAUUUCAUUAUCCCCUUACACUCCCUUGCAGUGAGCAAGCCUUUACUCAUCUGAUUUUCAGUUUGUCGCCCUUCUCAGCGAUAUUAACUGUUUAA